GAAGUGAGAGCUGGUGAUGGCAGAAGUGAAAUUGCAAGGAGCCGCGCAAUGAUUUUUUGAUGUGCCACCACGACAAGUUAGCAGAGAAUACAGAGAUAUGAUCGAAGACAACAUCAUGAAAAAGAUAGAAUCCCCGGACCAACAAUUCAACAAGUUUGACGAUGAAGCGGCAGCGUUAAAUGGGAUGAUAUAUCGCGGGGGCAGCGACGCUCACUCCAUAGAGGAUGACCCAGAGCAUAUCGACAUUGAGAGGUACUUCAGAACCUUGAUCAUGGGAAGCAGAGACGAAGGUAGGAGACCUGAUAUACCCCAGCAGCCCGAAAGCAGUCCUGCCAGCAGGUCAACCUCUUCAGCACAACCACAGUGGGUUUUUGAUCCUCUAGAAAGAAUUCCGAGUGCGCCAAGCGUCCUCUUUCAUCCCCAGCAACCUCUCAGUUUCGAUUCAAACGUGUUUGCUCUUCGGACUCAGUCGACCUCGUCCACGAGGACCAGCACGUCGGAGACAAAACGUCCAAGAAGAGCUGCGUCUGGCAACGAUGGCUCGGAGGUGUGGGACUCAGGGUUGGACGGAGAUGACAAGCCAACACGGGCUCAGCGACGAACGGCAAGAAGGCAGAAAGAACGAGACCUCGUGAAAUCCCUAGACGCCUUGAUCCCUCCUGCAGCCAAAUCCGAACAGGUCAAAGGGGUUGGGACCAGGGCUCUGGGAGAGUCAGGACGCUCGCAACUCACUGUCUUGAAGGAUACCGCCGACUUUUUGAGGCUGAUGAAGCACGAUGGUUUAGAACGACAGGGUGCAGGCUCUCCGGAUCACAAAAAAGCUAAGGAGCAUGGCAAUGAUGUCAAAGUUUCCAAAGAAGACAUUGUGUCAGGCUUGCUGGCAAGCAACACGCUAUUAUGCGUUCUUUUGGAAUUGCCUACAUGGAGAAUACGGCAUAUUAACGAAGGUUUUCGUGAUCUGCUUGGACUUGAAAAGGACGAGGAGAAGCAAAACGUUGUCAGCCUUCUAGAUUUUAUAGUCCAAUCGGAUGUCAACCAUCUGCAAAACUUUGAACGCGAACUCCUUCUUCAGACUAAGACCGCCAGCAGUAUGUCUGUUUCCUUCAGACUGUCUGGACAACGCGCCGAUGGUAGCAACCAGAUGGAGGCGAAGAGAAACUCAAAGACCAAGAUGUCGAUGAGAGAAGAUGCUGAGGAAGACAAGGCCGAAGGUAGCCCGAGUGGCUCCUGUGACUCAGCAAACGAGGACAAGCACAGCCUCUCCAUGGGCGUCGUCUGGACUUCGCGACUGGCUGCGUUGAACGCAGAGAACAACUUCUACCGCAGCUUGCUGCUGGUGGGAACGAGACCAGCAGGCAUCGAGGGCUGGCCGCAGAUGCUGAAAGUUUCUCACUAAUUUUCUCUCUGUGCUUCACCCUUCAAGCUGAUAAGCUUUUGUCUUGCCAAACUGCAGGUUCUUUCAAUGCAAACUGAAAAACAA